AUGGAUGUCCGAAGUGUGGAAGACUGGAGCAGAGGCGCACGAGAGGUGGCGGUCCUCGACUCGCGGCUGCAGAGCCCGAAAGUGAUGGAGAGGGGAGGGGAGCAGCAGCAGCAGUUCGAGGAGUCCCGCUACGAACCUGGACUGACGCUCGUGGACAGCGGCAGUGACCCACGCGCCUGGCUGGCUCCGGUGCAGCCUUCUGGCACCUGCGCGGCACACGCCACUUCACCCGACUACCUGCGGCACUCGCCCUGUCCGAGCACCGGCUCCUACAACGAGAGUAGUUCCCCAGAGUCCACGGGCCACCCCAGCCCUCCCAGCUUCAGAAAAACUGCCAAGAGCCCCUCCUCUUCCCUCAAAGUUAGGGACUUGUGCCGUCUUCAAGGCACGGUCACCGGAUCCGAGGACGAGACAUCCACGAGACAGAGAGCCCAGUCCAGCAGACCCAUCAACGGGGUCCAGAAGCAGAGGCGCGUAGCCGCCAACGCGCGCGAGAGGAGGCGAAUGCACGGGCUAAACCACGCGUUUGAUGAACUUCGCAGCGUCAUCCCGGCGUUUGACAACGAUAAGAAGCUCUCCAAAUAUGAAACUUUACAGAUGGCGCAGAUUUACAUCAAUGCUCUGGCCGAUCUGCUCCAAGGUCCGGUCUCCUCCAGCAGUAACGACGCCUCAAACAAUAACAGCAACUCGCCAAAGUGUGACAUCAUGCUCUCACCCACUGUUGGUUUUGACGGGGCGAAGGACAGGGCUUCCCCGGCCCCUGCAACCUGUAGGACAGCGGCGGCUGUGCCCGUCUCAGGUGGCAGCUUACCUGUCCACAUCAGCGGGAUCCCUUUCCGCUCCUCCUUCGAUGAUAGUUCAUUUUCCGCCAUGGUUGAAGAAGCGAUGCGCUCGCCCUCUCCUUCACCCUCCACCCGGGCCGGCAGCUCUCUGGCGCCGGGCGGAGGCAGGAAGGAAUCUCCCCGGAGCGACGGAGAGUUUUCCCCGCACUCCCACUUCAGUGACUCGGAUGAAAUAGCGAUGGAGCUCCACUCAAGUGAAGAAGAUGACCUCUCUGAACUCAAACUACGCAGCCACCAUCAUCACACUGUUGCUUUCUGAAUUCUGAAAAACAAGAAUAAA